AAUAACAGGGUUAACAGCUAGAUAGAAAUUUGAUGAGAUGCUACAAAUGGUUUACAGCAUUCAACUUAGGAUAUUCGUUUAAUUUAUAUUUAUUCUAUUCUUAAUAUUCAUAUACUCCUCAAUUGAGAAUUAUUUAAAAGCAGUCUUCAUAAAUAAAAGUUAAUUUUUUCUUCUUGUAUCAAAGAAGAGAAUAAUUAUUCUCCUAUCACACAAAGUAGUUACAAUUAUUAGAUAUUGAUUUUUUCACAUCUGUUAGCUUAUCUAAAGGGAGCCCAUAUGCUAGACGUCAGUACACUGUAGAAAGUUUCGACGUACAUUAUACUGGUUAAAUUUAUUAGUCGAAAUCGAAAUGUGUAACCAAAAAAUUAUUUUCAAGUGAAAUAUAAUCAAAGUAUCAAGUGUUGUUAUUGCAAAUGGAAUUAUGAACAUAAUUUUUGAAAAGUCUUGUGUAUAAUGAGCAGCAAAAAGGAUAAAAAUGGUGAGGGAAAGAAGGAUAAAAAUAAAGAAGAUGAAAAGGAUACACACAAUGAUAAUGAAGGACAAUCAGCCGUAGAAGCAGACGAAACUGAAGACGAGGAUAAAAACAUGGCAGACAUUAGCGCCGCAAUUGCACAGCAACUGAAAAAAGUACCUCCCAAAAGUAUUUUGAAACCGUCGUCGAGUUUUGAAACUGUAGAAAAAGAAAAGGCGGCCGCCCGGGCUAAAUCGACAAAAUGGGACGAGAUGAACAUAAUAGCGACGCUGCACCCGGCCGACAAGGACUACGGUUUCAUGAAGAUCGACGAGCCGCCGACUCGCUUCGAGAGUCCCAUCGAAGAAGAUGAACCCGACGAGGAUGGCGGCAUAAAUGCCCAGCUAUUGGCUGACAAAAUUCGACUAGGAGCCGACACAGAUCCCAAGAGUCUGACAAGGAGAGUUUCGGAAGAGAGCAGUGGCGACGAAGAUGAAACCCCUGAAGAGAGAGCACAUCGAAAAGAGUUCGAGGUUAAGCGAAAGGCCCAUUACAACGAAUUCUUCGCUGCAAAGAUGGCCAGAAAGAUGAUGGACGAUGAUGAAGAUGAGGAUGAGGAAGAAGAGGAAGAGGAGGACGAAGAUGAGGAGGAGGCGAACGAAGGAGAAGAUCAGACUGAUGGAGGCAAGAAGAAGAAAAAUGCUAAGAAGAAAAAGACUGAAGCUAGCUCGAGCGAAGGAGCCGGUACUAGUAACUAGAUUUCAAAAAUCUAUUUUUCUCUCAAAUUAAAAUUGAUUUUUCAAACAG